UCUUCCAACCCCGGCUCUGCCCCAGCUUCAUAUAUACACGGGUCACGUACACGCUGCGUCCCAGGCUGGAGCCCACCACCAAUUUCUCUUCGCAUCACAACCCCCAUCGACCCAUCAUGGACUCUUCUCUAGGUAAUGGUGCAAUGGAAAUGCCAUCAGCGUCUCACGAGCUGCGUCCAGAGCCGCGCCCGACGCCCUCGCUGCUCCCCGCCUUCGAGCCUCUCUCAUCGUCACCCUUCCCGCGUCCACAGUCCGGGAAGCGAAAAUUCGAAGAGGCCUCCCCUUCCUACUCAAAGCAACCGCUCAAGUACUAUCCUACUCCCGUACCUACUUCUUCAACAGGUAUCCUGCCGUCAUCGUCGCCCCGCAAUGAGCGUCCUACCCUGGGCCGCACCAUCUCGACGCUGACCGAGCGUGUUCCCCUCGGCACCAUCCCCAAACUCCAGCUCCCCGAGGACGGAGAGGUCAUGCGUCUGGGCAGGUCCUCCAACUCGUCCAACUACCAACUCUCUGCCAAUCGCCUAAUAUCGCGUGUCCACGUCCAGGCCGCGUAUCACCCUCCGAGCGCGUCGUACCCUCAGGGUCAUGUCGAGGUCGAAUGCCUGGGCUGGAAUGGAGCAAAGGUACACUGUGGAGGCCGCAUAUUCGAGCUGAGCAAAGGAGACACCUAUGUCUCGGAGAAUCCGGGCAUGGAUAUCAUGCUGGACGUGCAGAGCACUCGCGUCAUGAUUGUAUGGCCCCGCGUCGCGUCUGCCAGCAAGAAUUCCUGGGAUUCCGAAGAAGACGAAGAGGAAGAGGAGGCGCUGGCCACGCCAACUCGACGGACUGGGUACGAUCAUCUGCCCUCGAGUCCUCCUCUCAUUCCUCGGUCCCCGGUUUCUCAGAGCCCCAUUCGUCAACCCGAUAUUGGUCGUCCCCAGGUUGGCAAUUCGCCGGCACCUUACAAGAUAUACGAGGACUCUGAUGAUGGCGAGGCCGUGCUCAAGGGCGCCUCCCAAGACCCUGCUGCCGAACAGACUACCUUCGUUCGUCCUGCCCUUUCCCAGUCCGAUUCCAAGCCGCAGGCCCUCCAGGCUAGCCUCCUCUCCUCCCUCGCGUCAGACGACUACUCUGACGGCGACGAGGAAAACGAUCCAGUCGUCCACUCAUUCGGUCCUUUUGGCCAGAAUAUCCUCUCCCGCCUGGAUUCCUUCUCAACGGACAACCGUACUCCCCGGCGUAUUGCCUCCCCAACCCGUCCCCGCCGCUCCACGGUCGCCUCGCCGUCCCCCAAGCGGCCCAGCUCAGACAACAUUCGCUUCAAGGAGUCACCGGUGAAGAACCACGUCAUCAAUCAGCUCGCCUUCUCCCGCGUACACUCCCUACCUUUAUCAACCAUCCACAGUAAUCUUCCUGGCGAGCUGAAGGCCGCCAUCUCGCCUUCCAAGUCCUCCACAGGCGCAGACAGCAAUGAUCCCACCACGCCUACCCGACUGCCACAACUCACCAAGGAGGACCUCAAGAAGAUCAUGGACGACAUCCCCUGCGUGGGCGAGAUUCCUCGUUCCGGAAAGGACGCCGCUGGCAAGCCGCUGGAGAAUGAAUUCUACUAUGUCCCGGAAAUGGAUACGAAUGAAAUCAGGCGUGAGACGGUGACGAAUGGCAUGAGGGGAAGUGGAUUGAGGGCUGUGAGGAACUCCGUGUGCAGCAAUAUUACUGGAAGAGGCCGCGUGUUUGAGAGCAUGCAGAGGCAAUCUCCUCCGCUUCGAUCGGUUGCUUGCGAAAUGGACUCUCCGACCAUGCCGACGCCUUUGCUGCUUUGUCGUCACUCCUCCAACAAGACAAACGCAUAUAUAUUGACGCCGCAAGGUGAUUCCUGCAUCGAUUGCCCCAACCCCGUCUCGACUACUUCCCUACUCGUUAAAGCAUAGCGUGGCGUUUUUUCUACUCUUCGUUUCCCCUUUUUGCUUUUCCCCCUCUUCGCGUAUUCAUUCCCUG